AUGGACUUCCCUCCCCAGCAACCUAGAUUGGUUGCAGAAAACGGCCUGUCGUUUAGGAUUACCGAUGUUCAGUCAAUUAACUGGGCAAGCGACGAGGACGAAGAAGCGGCAGAGGAAGGAGGAGGGCAUCGUCUUCUCCUUCUCCACUUCUCCAUCGUCUCCUCCAACACGAAACGCUCGUUGUCCUUCGCCGAGCCGUACGAAUGGUCUUUGAACAGCUUGGACAGAUCGAAGCUUGAGGCUAAAGGGGUUUCAGAGAAGCUCUUCUUCAUAAAGAAGGUCAUCUUGGGAUAG